AUGGUCAUUGUCAACAAGGUCCUCCCCGUUCUCGCGGGUCUGGCUUCCAUUGCCUCUGCUGCUCCUACUGCAGGCAAGUACUCUGUUAAGCAGGUUGCCCGUCCUGCCACCAAGGCGAGCAACUUUGCUGCUCAGUACGCCCGUGCUCUUUCGAAGUUCGGUGCUACUGUACCCACUCAGGUCCAGGCUGCUGCUGUUGCCAGCGGUGUUGCUACAAACACUCCUUCGACUGAUGAUGAGGAGUACUUGACCCCCGUGAACGUGGGAGGUACUACUCUGCAGCUGGACUUUGAUACCGGUUCAUCUGACCUAUGGGUCUUCUCCACCGAGUUGUCCGCUGCUGAUCAGUCCGGCCACGCAGUCUACAAGCCAGGCUCCAGCGCCACUCUGCUCUCCGGAUACACCUGGGAUAUUUCCUACGGUGACGGCAGCUCUGCUAGCGGCAAUGUCUACGACGACAAGGUGAUUGUCGGUGGCAUCACAGUCACAAAGCAGGCUGUUGAGGCAGCCAAGAAGAUCAGCUCUGAGUUUGUCGAAGAUACCAGCGACGGUCUCCUGGGUCUGGGCUUCGACUCUAUCAACACCGUCUCGCCCAAAGCCCAGAAGACCUGGUUCUCCAACGCCCAGUCCCAACUGGCCGAGCCCCUCUUCGGUGUCGCCCUGAAGCACGGCGAGCCUGGUGUCUUUGACUUCGGUUUCACCGACUCCUCCAAGUACACUGGAUCCCUUACCUACACCGAUGUCGAUAGCUCCGAGGGCUACUGGGGCUUCUCUGUCGAUGGCUGGACCGCCGGCAGCGCCUCUGGUGAUGGCUUCUCUGGUAUUGCUGAUACCGGCACUACUCUUCUGCUCCUGGAUGACGCCACUGUCUCCUCCUACUAUGCCCAGGUCUCUGGUGCUUCGUACAGCGACUCUGAGGGUGGUUAUGUCUUCUCCUGCUCCGCCACUUUGCCCGACUUCAGCGUCACUAUUGGCAGCUACACAGCUACUGUCUCUGGCAGCCUCAUCAACUACGCCUCUGUCGGUGGUAGCUCGUGCAUUGGUGGUAUUCAGUCUAACUCUGGUAUUGGAUUCUCUAUCUUCGGUGACAUCUUCCUGAAGAGCCAGUACGUUGUGUUCGAUGCCAGUGGUCCCCAGCUUGGCUUCGCUCCUCAGGCAUAG